CUUUCUCAUCAUCUGGAGCGACAUGAGAGAGUGCAUCUCUAUCCAUGUGGGCCAGGCAGGAGUCCAGACAGGAAACGCCUGCUGGGAGCUCUUCUGCCUCGAGCACGGCGUCGGUCCUGAUGGCGUCUUCCUGGAGACUCCCGGCGAACCGAACUCUCGUGAAGACCCGUUCAACACUUUCUUCAACACUGGGAGUUCUGGGCGUCAUGUUCCCAGAGCCAUCUAUGUGGACCUGGAGCCCACAGUGGUCGAUGAGGUAAGAGUCGGAAAGUACAGAGAGCUCUUCCACCCCGAGCAGCUGAUCUCUGGAAAGGAGGAUGCAGCCAACAACUACGCUCGAGGCCAUUACACCGUCGGGAAAGAAAUCAUUGAUGGAGUCAUGGAGCGUGUUCGUAAAAUGACGGACCAGUGCACUGGUCUGCAGGGGUUCCUCGUCUUCCACAGCUUUGGAGGUGGAACCGGCUCCGGCUUCACCUCUCUGCUGAUGGAGCGUCUGUCUGUCGACUACGGCAAGAAGUCCAAGCUGGAGUUUGCUGUGUACCCAGCUCCGCAGGUGUCCACCGCUGUGGUGGAGCCGUACAACGCCAUCCUGACCACCCACACCACCCUGGAGCACUCAGACUGCGCCUUCAUGGUGGACAACGAGGCCAUCUACGACAUCUGUCACCGCAACAUGGACAUCGAGAGUCCUGGUUACAUCAACCUCAACAGGUUGAUCGGUCAGAUUGUUUCCUCCAUCACAGCCUCGCUUCGUUUUGACGGCGCCCUGAAUGUGGACCUGAUGGAGUUCCAGACCAACCUGGUCCCCUUUCCGCGUAUCCACUUCCCUCUGAUGACCUACGCGCCCAUCAUCUCUGCCGAGAAGGCCUACCAUGAGCAGCUGACCGUGACCGAGAUCACCAGUGCCUGCUUCGAGCCGGCCAAUCAGAUGGUCAAGUGUGACCCCCGUCACGGCAUGUACAUGGCGUGCUGCAUGCUGUACCGGGGUGAUGUCGUCCCAAAGGAUGUGAACGCCGCCAUCGCAAAUAUAAAGACGAGGCGUUCCAUCCAGUUUGUGGACUGGUGCCCUACUGGCUUCAAGGUGGGCAUUAACUACCAACCUCCAACUGCAGUUCCUGGUGGAGACCUGGCCAAAGUCCAGAGGGCCGUGUGCAUGCUGAGCAACACCACCGCCAUUGCUGAGGCCUGGUCUCGCCUCGACCACAAGUUCGACCUCAUGUACGCCAAGCGUGCCUUCGUCCACUGGUAUGUGGGCGAAGGCAUGGAGGAGGGAGAGUUUGCAGAGGCCAGAGAGGACCUGGCCUGUCUGGAGAAGGAUUACGAGGAGUUGGGUCAAACAAACCCAGACUCUGAAAAUGAUGAUGACCAAGAAUACUGAAUGUUGUGAGGCUGUGAUGGGUUGUGACUCCUGUACUGAGUCAAUAAUUUCAUAUCUGUACUGCGUAUCCUCUGAGCUAGACUUAACCAAACUGAUGCCAUGCUUUUAUAAUGUCUGCUUUAGAUUACCAAGACAAAAGUUGUAUUUGAAUUGUGCUGUGAAAUAAAGUUUGUCUGUGAAUAU